AUGUCCAAAACACUCAACCAAUCCCAAUCCAACUACACUACGACCGAAAAAGAGUUCCUUGCAAUUGUUCAUGCCUGCGAGAAAUUCCGGACCUAUUUGGUGGGUUCAAAAACCAUUGUUUACACCGAUCAUGCGGCAAUCCGGUAUCUUAUGACCAAGAAGGAGGCAAAGCCUAGGCUCAUUCGAUGGGUUCUCCUCCUACAAGAAUUUGACAUUGAGAUUCUUGAUAAGAAGGGAGCCGAAAAUGUGGCAGCCGAUCAUCUCUCCAGGCUUGAUCUUGGGGAUAGAGUUAAGGAUGAUUUGCCAAUUAAAGAUACCUUGCGUGAUGAUACUUUGUAUAUGGUAGAAAUCUCCACUCUCCCUUGGUUCGUUGACAAUGUGAACUACCUCGCUUGUGGAGCGAUCGCCGAGGAUCUCUCCACUCAACAACGGCGAAAGUUGAAAUAUGAUACUCGGCGAUAUGUGUGGGAUGAGCUUAUCUUGUUGAGAAGGUGCCCAGAUGGGCUAUUACGGAGAUGUGUACCGAAUGAUGAGUUUGCUAAUGUUCUCCAUAUGUGUCACUCCUCUCCCUGUGGUGGGCAUAUAGGAGGUGAUAAACCGCCUCCAAUGUCCUUCAAAAGGCAAGAGAUGCCCCAAUCUUCCAUUCUUGAUCUAAAAGUAUUUGAUGUUUGGGGCAUUGACUUCAUGGGCCCCUUUCCUUCUUCCUACGGUAAUUUGUACAUCUUAGUGGCCAUUGACUAUGUGUCUAUAUGGGCGGAAGCAAUCGCCUCACUCACCAAUGAUCAUAAGGUGGUGAUUUCUCUUUUCAAGAAGAUUGUCUUCCCCCGUUCUGGAUUCUCUAGAGCGGUGAUAAGUGAUGGAGGAUCCCACUUUGCUCAUAGGAAGUUCAAGGAACUUUUGAAGAAACAUGGGGUGCGUCAAAAAGUUGGUUUAGGGUAUCACCCCCAAACAAGUGGCCAAGUUGAGGUAACCAACUGGGAUAUUAAGUCCAUCCUUGAGAAGACGGUUGCUAAGAACCGGAAGGAUUGGGCACUCAAACUCGAUGAUGUUCUAUGGGAUUAUAGGACGUCUUUCAAGACCCCAAUUGGGAUGACCCCGUACAAGCUCGUGUAUGGCAAGAAUUGCCUUUUGUCGGUUGAGUUGGAGCAUCGGGCCAUGUGGGCCAUUAAAACAUUGAAUUUCGAGCUUUCUUCUCCAAGUGAGCGGCGUUUACUUGACUUACAUGAGCUUGAAGAGCUCCGAAUGAAUGCAUAUGAUUCGGAAAGUAUCUACAAAGCUCGUUCUAAGCAAUAUCACGACACCCAUGUUGAGAAGAGAGAGUUCAAGGAGGGAGAAAAGGUUCUCCUCUAUAAUUCUCGUUUGAAGUUAUUCAUGGUGGAGCGGCCCAUUUGA